GCGGCCGGAGCCUGCUGGGUGCGGCGUGGCGCCCGACUCUACGACCUCACAGGCUUCGUGCGGCGCCACCCGGGGGGCGAGCAACUGCUGCGGGCGCGCGCGGGCUGCGACGUGAGCGCCGACCUGGACGGGCCGCCGCACCGGCAUUCGGACAACGCACGCCGCUGGCUGGAACAGUAUUACGUGGGCGAGCUUCGCGGCCCCACGCAGGAUUCUCAGGAGAAUGAAACUAUGGCCUAUGCCAAUGCUCGGGGUGCAAUUCCUAAUAUGGACCCAAGGUGCAAAUCAGUGGAUUUUGAGAAGGAUCUGGUUGACUGGCAACAACCUUUGCUAUGGCAGGUGGGCUACUUGGGAGAGAAGUACGAUGAGUGGGUGCACCAGCCCGUGGAUAGACCCAUCCGUCUCUUCCACUCAGAUUUCCUAGAAGCCUGUUCCAAAACUUCUUGGUAUAUUGUUCUCGCUGUCUGGUUCCCAUUGGUGGUGUACUUCAGCUGGUUCUACUAUAGAGCCCUGGCUCAGGAAAAUGUUCAACUCUUCUCAUCAUUCACCACAGAGUAUGCCAUCCCUGUGUCCAAGUAUGUAUUCCCAUUAUUAUUUGUUUUGGGGCUAUUGGCAUGGAGUGCCAUAGAGUACAUCCUCCACCGCUUUGUGUUCCAUAUGAAGCCACCUGCCAGCAACCAUUACCUCAUCAUGUUUCAUUUCCUCAUCCAUGGCCAGCACCACAAGUCCCCAUACGAUGACUCCCGACUGGUCUUCCCCCCUGUGGCUGCCUCCGUGGUGGUUGUCUUCUUGUACCUAUUGCUUGGCCUCCUCCUGCCUGAGGCCAUUGCAGGAAUUAUCUUCACGGGAGGCCUCCUUGGCUACAUCAUCUAUGACAUGAUGCACUACUACCUACAUUAUGGAUCACCAUCUAAGGGCACCUACCUUUACGAGAUGAAAGUCUACCAUGUCAAGCACCACUUUGAAUGCCAAAAGUCAGGGUUUGGUGUCUCCUCCAAGAUCUGGGACAGAUCCUUCCACACCCUUAUUCCAGAGACUUCGGAGAAGGAGCAGUAACACCUCCCCAGACCCUCUGCUUUUUUUUCUUCCCGAUGCAGUGCUUUCCUC